UAGAUAGGUUCGUGUCGUGAGUACACGUGUAUCUGUGUGAUAAGUAAACCUGGAUGGCUAACAAGUGUCAUUGCAUUGAAAAAACAAAAUGUACAUUUUCUUUGUAGAAAAUGAGAAUAUUUUGAUGUUUUAGACAGUCAAUAAAUUUGAAUUAGCAUAAAAAUUCAAUAAUUCCUUUUUUUCCUAAACAAAAUAUUAGUUUCAUUUGAAACCGUCCGUUCCGUGACUUUCCCUAUAAAAAAAAACCAUCCAUUUGACAGCUGUCACUUUGACGCAUGCUUUUGCUGUUUCACAAUUGACUUUGACGUAAACACACAACCGAUUGGAUUUGUUCAUAAUCGAAUGCGAAAAAAGUUUCCUUCAUUCAUCGAAAUUGCGAUUAAAGAUCGCUCCACUGAUUUAUUUUCUGUCAACAAAAUGAGCAGGAGCAUUUAUUGUGAAUAGAGAUCAAAGCAUUUGGUUUAGAAAAGUGAUUGCCAAGUGGAUUUUGUGAGAAUGAGUGAAGCAGCGACGGAAUCAACAGCACCACAAGGUGAGGUGACGGAUGUCACAGCCGCUGAAACGACCGACAUCGAUGACGAAAAGAAAGAACGAAAUGAAUUGGAUACUUAUAUCUCGGAAUUGAAAGCGAAAAUUGAGCAGAAGACAAAGUUGAGAAAUGAAAAUCUCAACUGUGUUCGACCGGGCGAAGAAUACUUCUUCAAGUUGGAUUCUAGUUUGAAGAAAAACACUGCAUUUGUAAAGAAACUCAAGCAGUUUACGACGGCUCAGUUGGAAUCGCUGCUGAAGGAUAUGUCAUCGCUGAAUCUAACCAAGUACAUAUCAGAGGUCAGUUCAGCUCUGAGUGAAGCCAAACUAAAAUUGACCGAUGUAAAUGCGGCCAUUUUAUUAUGCAGUGAAUUGCAUAGGGUUUAUGCGGAUUUUGCGAUUGCAUUCUUCGAAAAUUGGCAGAAGAUACUCAGUCUCAAGCCCGGAGAAAAGGUUCAAAAUCCAAGCAAACUACGAGUCGACUUAAAGUUUUUCGCUGAACUGGUAUCGGUCGGAAUUUUUAGUAAUAAACAAGGGCUUCCAAUGCUGGGGUCCAUUCUAAUGAGCUUGAUAGCACAAGAUAAGGAAGAUUUCAACAAUCUAUCGAUUGUAUUGUCAUUCUGUCGACACUGCGGAGAAGAAUACGCUGGAUUGGUGCCUAGAUCGAUUUUAACAUUGUCCGAGAAAUACAAAAUUGAACUGACAUCAUCCACAUUGCUCACGCCGGAUCGACAGCAAAACUUGAAAAAUUUGCUCAAAGACUACUAUACUUGUUUGGUGAAGCACCUGAAAUCCGAACACAAAGAAUAUCAGUCAGCGUUGCGGUUGCACAAGAAAAUACUCGAGUCAAAGGGCGAAGUGUCAUCGGAUCGCAAGGAAAAAUUGGAAACAUUGCAAACAAACUAUGAGAAAUUACUUUCAUCGGCUCAAACCAUGUCUGAUUUAUUGAAUGAGCAACUGCCCGAGUUGCCAAAGGACGAGCAAGUGCAAAGUGGAGGCGUUGUUCUUGACAUGAUUGACGAUUCGAAUGAUAGCAACUUGGAUCCAUGGGGAGAUGAAGAAACGAAAAGUUUCUACAUCGAUUUGCCUGACUUGAGAUUAUUUUUACCGAAUUAUGCGCCAAAAAUGCAAGAUCCGAUCGUUUCUGAGGAGCCAGCAUUGACUGAAGAAGCAUUGGACAUGGAUAUUGUGCCUGAACAGCUAGAAGUUGAAGAAUCGAGUGUGCUGGCCGAGGCCGAAGGCGGCAAAAGCAGUACACCGGAACCAGUGUUACCGGAGGAAACCACGACAGCGACCACUGAAAAGAACGCAAGUGGAAAUCGACAACAUUUUGCAACGUUUCUCAAGAACCUGGUCAAUUGCGUUAACAAAGAGCUCAUCGAUUCGGCUACCAUUGAAUUUUUGCUCAACUUGAACACGAAAAGUAAUAGAAAGAAGUUAACCACUGCCAUUUUUGGAGUAAAGAGAACGCGUUUGGAUUUGCUGCCCUUCUUUGCUCGAUUGGUUGCUACCAUAAAUCUUGUAUCUCAAGACGUUGCCGUCGACUUGUGUCAGAAGCUAAAGAAUGAAUUCAAGUAUCACAUCGCGAAAAAGAACCAAAUGAACAUCGAAUCGAAGAUCAAAGUGGUGCGGUUCAUUGGUGAAAUGACGAAAUUCGGUUUGUAUUCAAAAAUCGAAGCGCUAUUCUGUUUGAAAAUUUUACUCCAUGACUUCCAACAUCACCAAAUCGAAAUGACAUGUGCGUUCCUUGAAGUUGCCGGCCAAUAUUUGUACAAUUGCAAAGAUAGCCGUCUGCGAACCAGCGUUUAUCUCGAGCAAAUGAUGCGUCUUAAAACCGUGUCGGCCCUUGACUCAAGGCACGUCGCACAAAUCGAAAACUCCUACUAUUUAGUCAAACCGCCCGAAGGUGUUGCUGCCACGCAAAAAGUGCGAACUCCAAUGCAAAUGUACAUUCGGUAUCUGAUUUACGAGGAGUUAAACAAAGGAAACGUCGAUAAAAUCAUCAAGUACAUGCGUCGAUUGAACUGGGAUGACAAAGAAACAUACGAUUACAUCGUGAAAUGCCUAUCAAAGGCGUACAACAUUCGGUAUUACAACAUUCGUUGCUUGGCUGAUUUGGCCAGUGGCAUCAGUUCGUAUCAGGACAAGGCGAUUGUUCGCGUAAUUGACACCGUUUUCGAAGAUAUUCGAGCUGGAUUGGAAAUUCAUUCGCCGAAAUUGGCACAACGUCGUGUCGCAAUGGCCAAAUAUCUUGGGGAAUUGUACAAUUACCGCUUGAUUGAAUCGUCUAACGUUUUGAAUACGCUCUAUUCAAUCAUUUCGUUUGGCGUCACGUUUAAUCAUGAAAUUAUGUCAGAAAUGGAUCCACCCGGGAGUCUGUUUCGAUUGAAACUAGCAUGUGUGCUGCUCGAAACAUGCGGACAAUACUUCACUAGUGCGAUCAGUCGAAAAAAAUUGGAUUAUUUCUUGGUAUUCUUCCAGAACUAUUACUGGUUCAAAAAGAGUGAUCCGAUUUUCAGUAGUAUUGAAAACACCUCGGACCUUUUCCCCAUACUCACCGAUCACUAUUUCAAAGAGUGCCUCCUAGCAAUUCGUCCGAAAUUAAAGUUGUACAAGAGCUACGAACAAGCCAAAGAAGAGGUGGCAAAAUUGCAGCAAGAACUGUAUCCGAAUCUAUUCUCAGAGAAUAGCGAGUCGGAAUCAGCCUUGGGCACGAUUGCCGAAGAAGGCAACGAACACACUGACACAAAUAACGAUUAUACCGAGGACACAUCCGAAGCAUUAGGAUCGGAUGAUGAAGUGCGACAACGUCGUACCGACGACGAAGAAAAUAGCCCAGAAAAUGAUGAAUACGGAACGGACGCUGCCAUCGAUGCAAUGGAUGAUCUUUCCCCAUCGAAUGAACCUGAUCCCGCUGCUCAACCACGUGAGAAACAACGUACACAAGAGGACAUUGAAUUCGAAGAGAUGUUCGAUAAAAUGUACGUUGACAGCUAUCAGGAGCGAUUACGUGAAUCCGUUAAAGCGAGCAAAGAUAUUCCAGUUCCGAUGAUGGCUCGAGCUGGCAAAAAAACAUACGACCAGAUUCAAAGUAGCGACAAUGUGCAAGAGAAAAAAGACUCGGUACCGUUUGUAUUGAUGUUGCGCGGAUCGAAAGGUGGCAAACAGCAACAAUUCAAAAUGUUUACAGCGCCAACUGACAGUGCACUGGCCGUUAAUCUACGGUUACAAGAGCAGAAAAUACGUGAAGAAAAUGAAAAAGUGAAACGACUCACAUUGAAUAUCACCGAACGCAUCGAAGAAGAAGACUAUCAAGAAUCAUUGCUACAAAAUCAACGGUCUCCAGCCCAGAAUCGACAAAGUCAGCAAAAAUCGCAGAAACAACAAAAGUAUAAACAUCAAAAAGGUGCACCCGAUGCCGAUUUGAUUUUUGGUUAGGCGAAUGUGAAACGGUUUUCGAAUCCACAAAUGAUCCAAUCAAAUAAAAAUCCCAUUUCAAAUGUUUUAAUUUUGAUUGAUUUUUGAAUUAAUUUUGAUGAAACAAAAACGUAAUGAAGAAAAUUGAUGAAAUAUAAUUUUUACAAAGAUGAA